UCUAUCACAAACUCACCCCAUGCUUCAUAACAAAGACAAAACUCCAAUAGAGGUGAUGAAAUACAUCAAAUCACAGAUCGCCAUUUGAUCUUCGAAAGAAAACACAAAACCCAUCAUGGCUAAUCACAUCAUCAUCGCCAUCAUCACCAUCAUGUUCCUCGUAGCAUCGUCAUCCAUUCAUGCUGAAGACACUCAGCACGAUGAUCUCUCCAUGGCCAUGGAAGAAAUGCAAAGGGCAAACUACUACUCCUUCGUGAUGCUCAUCAACAUGCUGCCAUCCGUCAUCAACCCCAGGUUCUUGGCCAAUAUCACUUUCUUGAUGCCAAAGGACAAAACCCUAUCCAGAGCUCAGAUCCAAGAAGAUUCGGUUCCCGAGUUCUUGCUUCGCCAUUCCAUCCCCUCUCCUCUCCUCUUCGAGCAUCUCAACCUUUUCCCUAAUGGGUCCACUAUUCCUUCUUCGUUGGAUCAUUACUCUCUCCAGAUCUCCAACGGCGGAAGAUAUAACUACCAUCUCAACAAUGUCAAGAUCGUUAGCCGAAACAUAUGCACCUCGGGAUCCAUUAAGUGCCAUGGAAUUGACGGCAUCUUGACUCUUGAAACCAACCAUGACGAUGACUCUCCACUGGCCAAUCGCACUGUCCCCUUCACUUCCUGUCCGAGCAGUGGCAGUGGCAGUGGCAGUAGCAGUGAUACCUCUCCUCCUCCUGUCUUUCCUCCAAUAAUGGCUCCUUCGCCUUCUGAUGAUCCGAGGAAAUCAGAGUCUUCGAAACUAAGUCGGCCCAAUACGUUGAAUGGAAUCCUUCUUCUUCUUCUCCUCCUCCUUGGAUUAGGGUUGUGUAUUAUCAAUAUUUAGAACAUAUAUAUAUAUAUAUAUGAAUAUAUAUAUUUAUAUGUAGUUUGAUAUAUUUCGUUUUGUGGUUAUGGUUUAGUCCCAAGGACAAAAUAUUAGAUUAUUUACAUU